CAGGUUGAUGGUUUGGGUUCAAUUAUUACCAUAUAUCUACCCCCAACUCCCAAGUCCCAACUACAUGUAUAACAAUCUCAAACUCUUUCUAUACUACUUCUAUUAGUUGAUUCCCCACACUUCCUCCUUCGAGGAACACUCUAGCUCGCUCCAUCCAUAGGCGAUAUGGAAGAAUCCGGCAAGCCAAAUUACCCGCCACUUCCCGCCGGCGCAGCCACAAGCUGCCACGUGGUAGCGAUGCCUUAUCCAGGAAGAGGCCACGUCAACCCCAUGAUGAAUCUGUGCAAGCUCCUCGCUUCCAAGAGCCCAGCAGCAGCAGACAUCCGCAUCCUCGUAACCUUUGUGGUGACGGAAGAAUGGCACGGGUUGAUCCGCUACGAACCCAGACCCGACAACAUCCGGAUCCGGACCCUACCCGACGUCAUACCUUCGGAGGUGGGACGGGGCAAGGAUCCCGUCGGAUUCUUGGACGCCGUUAACACGGCGUUGAGGGCUCCGUUUGAGCUUCUCCUUGACGACAUCGCCACGGUGGACCAGCCGGUCGCGGCCAUCGUGGCGGAUGCGUUUCUGACGUGGCCGCCGGAGGUUGGGAACGCCAGGGGCAUUCCGGUCGCCUCGCUUUGGACCAUGUCGGCCGCCGUGCUCUCGGUUUUCCACCAUUCUGAGAUUCUCCGGCGACGGCAGAAUCUUCCGCUGGAGUUAUUAUCAGCCGAUCACGAACAAGCAGCCACAUCAGCAAUGGUCGAUUACAUCCCGGGAGUCUCCCCGACGCGAGUGGCCGACCUCCCCACCAUUUUCUUCGGCGAGCACGGACGAACACUCCUGCCGCGGGCCUUGAACUGCAUCUCCUCGGCCCAAACAAAAGCCCAAUACAUCCUCUUCACUUCCUUCUACGAGCUCGAGCCCACCACGUUCGACGCCUUACGAUCCGCAAUCCCUCUGCCCAUCUACACUGUCGGCCCAGCAAUACCAUUUCACCAGCUCCAGUCCAGUAGCCAAAACGACGUCGUGGAACCGGACUACAUCGAGUGGCUGAGCUCCCAGCCGGCUGGCUCGGUGCUGUACGUCUCCAUGGGAAGCUUCCUCCCCCUCUCCGCCGCCCAAUCCGACGAAAUCGCUGCGGGAAUACGGAUGAGCGGCGUACGGUUCCUCUGGGUGUCCCGCGGCGGCGAAACGGGCGGCGGCGGGGAUCUGAUGGGUAAUGGGAUGGUGGUGCGGUGGUGCGACCAGCUGAGGGUGCUGACUCACCCCGCCGUCGGCGCGUUUUGGACCCACUGCGGAUGGAAUUCGACUAUGGAGGCGGUUUAUGCAGGGGUUCCGGUGCUGAGUUUCCCGAUUUUCUGGGACCAGGUUCCGAACAGUAAGGCGGUGGCGGAGGAUUGGGGGAUUGGAUGGAGAGUGAAGGAGGAGAGCGGCGGCGGCGGCGGCGGCGGGAUGGUUAAGAGAGAGCGAGUGGCGGAACUGGUGAGGAGGUUUAUGGAUGGGGAAAACGACGACGUAAAGGGCAUGAAGGAAAGAGCGAGGGAAUUGCGGAUCAAGUGUUGUGCUGCCGUGGCGGAAGGAGGAUCGUCUGAUAAGAAUCUGGAUUCUUUCAUUGUCGAUGUUAUGGGAGGGCGUUAGUCUAUUUAGCAACUAGCAGUGGGCCUGGCCCGUUGGCCGGUGUCGUUAAGAACAUGAAGCAGAAUCGGAAGGUAAUGGCAAUACUU